AUGUCUCUUCCUGGAUUAGAGCUAGCUGAAGCAGCAGUCGAAGCCCAAUACGCUCCUCCUCCACCUACACAGGUUAAUCUGCGCGCUGGGUCCGAAUGGAGGUUUGAGAUUGCAUUUGGUGCGACGGUUCGAGUCAAGUUACUCACCGGCACCGCAGAACUCUUCGGAACCGAACUCGCGCCUUUACAAACAUACACCUUCAGCGGCACGAAAGCGGCAAUAUACACCUGGCAUGGAUGCACCUUAGAGAUUACGGCAGGUGAGACUGUCAACACGACAAAUGGAUUUGCGCCGGGCGGUUCUACGACCUUCACCAGCGGAGUAGGAGGAGGCGGUCAAACACAAGGUUACGGCACAGGUGGAUGUCAAAGCGAAUACGUCGCCGAGGACACACCCAUGGUGGAAUAUAGUAACGUUCAUUUCGGCCUGGAGACAAUGAGGCAAGAGGCCCAAACAGAAGGCGGGAAAGAUGGACCUCGAGUGUUGAUAUUGGGACCUGAGAACGCGGGCAAGACGACGCUGACAAAAAUACUGACGGCAUAUGCGACGAAGAUGGAUCGACAACCCGUCGUGGUGAAUUUGGACCCGACGGAGGGUAUGCUGACUGUUCCGGGGACAUUGACGGCGACUGCGUUUCGGUCGAUGAUUGAUGUUGAGGAAGGAUGGGGGAGUAGUCCCAUGUCUGGGCCCAGUCCUAUCCCUGUUAAGUUGCCAUUGGUCUAUUUUUAUCCGAUGAAGAGUCCGCUGGAGGCGGAUGGGAAUGUCUUCAAGCCUAUUGUCUCUCGACUAGCGCUUUCGGUGACGGCGCGCAUGGCCGAGGAUGACGAUGCGCGAGAGGCAGGUAUAAUCAUUGACACGGAUGGCAGUCUUGGUUCAGGGACGCCAAAAGCGCUGGAGUUGAUACAUCAUAUCGUCACGGAGUUCUCUAUAUCAACAAUCCUUGUCAUCGGCUCAGAACGCCUCUACAGCACCAUGGUGAAAAACUACGACCAAAAACCGACCACAAGCGCAUCAGCAACCCAUUCCGACGAACGCAUCACAGUCAUCAAACUCUCCAAAUCCGGCGGCUGCGUUGACAGAGACGAAGCAUUCAUGAAAGCCGUCAACGAAUCUCAAAUACGAUCUUACUUCUUCGGCACAGUGGCGACGAGUACCGCCAGCGCUGUGGCUCCGAGCGUAGUAGCAUCAAUAUCCGGUGGUGGUGGGAGUAAUAGUAAUAAAGUUACGCUGUCUCCGCAUACUCAACAACUCGAUUUUGGAUCCUUGGCUUUGUACAAUUAUACAAUCACGUCUACUCAAACAGAGGAGGAAGAAGAAGAUGAAUAUGAUCCAUCGAAUUUUGGCGCCGGCGCAGAAUCAUUCUCAUCUCUCGCAGACCAGCAACAAGAUAUGACUACCACCACCACCACCACCUCCUCCUCCUCAAACGCUCCCUACGACCCCUUAUCAUCAACAUACUCAUUCUCCGGCCCCACGAACGACAACGAUACUCUGCCGCUGAAAAAAUUCACGCAACCCCCAACUCUAGCCCUCGCAAACUCCUUGAUUGCAAUCACGCACGUCCCGCCCAAUGCGCAGCUAACCGAUAUCAGAGACUCGAGUAUCAUGGGCUUUGUUUACGUUGCUGAUGUAGAUGCUGACAAGAAGAAGAUCCGGGUCUUGGCGCCUGUUGGUGGGAGGAUGCCUGCUCGAGCGCUGGUUUGGGGGAAGAAUUGGCCUGGGGAGGUUGUUGGGUUGGUUGGUUGA